AUGAAUAUUGAUACCUUGAUAAAUAAAGCAACUCCUGCGUUAUCUAAGUUAAGGCAUUUGGGUUUCAACUACACAAACGCUGGCAAUUCUCGCUCACCAUUAAUCAACACUCUUUACCUCGUCACUUCCUCUCCGCGGCGAUUUUACUCAGAACAAUCCAAAGGUAACACCGCUCAUUUCGAUGACUCUACCUCACCCAAUAAAAACCCUAAUCUCUUUCCUUAUCAUAGAACCACGGGGAAUUCUGGUUACGAUGUGUCUGGUGGCGGUGGAGGUGGUGCUAGCUCCGGUGGUGAUUCCGGGUCGGAGAAUUCAAAAGACGGGUGUUGGAGUGGGUCCAAUUUGGGAGGCAGUUUUCCUACUCCGAAGGAAAUUUGUAAGGGGCUUGAUAAAUUCGUAAUUGGACAAGAGGGAGCCAAAAAGGUGCUUUCUGUGGCGGUUUAUAAUCACUUCAAUUCUAUUUAG